AUGGUAUAUUCUUCUGAGUCCGCCAAGUGGAAGGCCUACCAGUUUCUGGAUCCCUUUGCCGCAAACUCCUUCCUUGUCUGCAACAAGACAUACAAGAGGUUCUGCCGCCCCGACUGCGACGCCUACCCUGUCUCAGAAUUGAAGCUGGAGAUUGAGUUUGUUGACGAGUGCCAACAAGCCAUGGACCUCGGCUACCUUCCUUGUGAACACUGCGACCCUACUACCACUCCUCACAUUGACGUGAAGCUCCUUAUCCAGACGGUCAACGACGUCAAUGCCCUGAUUGGCUUCUCGCUCCCUGCUUUGGACGAAAAGGACGAGAAGGACUUGAGACAGCCUGUGGGCACCGUGUCCAAAAACAACCUGGAACACUACCGUCUUGUGGAUCUCGCCUGCCGCCACUUGGCGCUUGCAGCUGCCGUUUCCAUCAUGAACCCACUGCCUUCGAGCGCCAACUCGCCUGCUCUGGAUGACGGAUCCUCCGAUUCCGGCAAGAAGAAGAGAAAGAGAAGAGGCGGCGUUCUCGGCUUCAAGGAGCUUGCCGCCAAAUCCAAGCUUUCCGCCUGGCACUUUCACCGUGUGUUCAAGUCCGUUACCGGCAUGACCCCCAAAACCUACGGCGACAUGUGCUGGGAGUAUCUCCACGACGAGAGACCCUCGGGGCUCAAUUCCGCCCUGAGCCUGAGCCUGAGCCUCCUGCUCCGAGACAAGCUGGCGGCGUCGUCGGUUUCCUCUGUGGAACUGCCUGUUUCCCGCAAGAGAGCCAGAUCCGACUUCAAGGAACAGACGCCCGAAGUGACGCCGCUGCCCAAGAGACAGCUCACCACCCAGUACCAGACGCCCCACAUGCCGCCUACGAUGGUGAAUCCUGCCUUUUCGCUCGACGAGACGGAGUUUGGCAACCCCACCGACUUCAGUGCCUCCAGAGCGUUUAGCGACACAGACUUGACCAUGGCGGCACAAGUGCCACAGAAGGGCUACGUGAGUGGCGGCGCCGCUGGCGGUGUCGAGAGGCCUUACUCGCUUUUCUCCCAUCUGAAGCCCAACUACUACCCCGAAGACUCGUUGGCGAUGCCGCAGUUGGCGACCAUGCCCGAGCACGCUGAGGGCUCCUUGGGCUACCACUUUGACGACAGCAUGGCGCCUCCCGGCGUUGCUCCGGAAAUGCAAGAAAUGCCCUUUGGCGACAUGGCGGACUUUACUGGUGCCGCCAGCAGCUACAGUACCGAUGUGUUUGGCGGUGCCGGCACCGACCUCACUGGCGGCUUGGACGAGGAUUUCUUGAAGGUGGAGCCCGAUGCUUCGGAUCUCAACGAUGCACUCAACUUGGGUCUUCUGACGGAGAUGUUGAACGUGGGCUUGUGA